GUAAGAUACCGGUCUUGUGAAUUAACCAUAGACAAAUUUGUGAGCUGAAUCUUUCAUACCAACCGUGAACUUUCUCGAUUGUUAUAAUUAAUCAGUGAAACAACGAAAAUAAAAUUAAUUUUUGACGUUUAAUUACAUUUUAAACAAACUUCAAUUUAAUUUUAACCUCAAAAUAUCUCAAAUAAAAAACAAAAGUACCGCGUGAAAACGUUACUCGACAUUUUCACGAGAAUAUUUCUUGCGGGCUUGCUCAUAAGCUUCGUGUAAAUUUAAUAGACACAAAAAACAUAACUACUUCAUCCAAAAUGACUGGAAUUUCAGCGGGUGGUGAUGGAAGAAGUGCUCAUGGACAAGCUUAUAAGGAUAAAAGUAAACCUGCUGACAUUCGUAGCAGUAAUAUCAACGCUGCGAAAGCUGUAAGCGAUGCCAUCCGCACUAGUCUGGGUCCUCGUGGAAUGGAUAAGAUGAUUCAAGCGGGCAAUGGUGAAGUAACAAUUACAAAUGACGGAGCUACUAUCUUGAAGGAAAUGAACGUUAUCCACCCUGCUGCUAAAAUGCUUGUUGAAUUAUCCAAAGCACAAGACAUUGAAGCAGGCGAUGGAACUACGAGCGUUGUUGUAGUUGCUGGUUCCAUAUUAGAAGCUGCAGAACGUUUAUUACAGAAGGGAAUUCAUCCUACACUUAUAAGCGAUGCUUUUCAAAAGGCUGCUUCUAAAGCAGUCGAAAUACUUACAAAUAUGUCUAUACCAGUUGAUCUAGCGGAUAAAGAAAUGCUUGUUAAAGCUGCUGCGACAUCUCUUAAUUCUAAGGUUGUAUUUCAACAAUCAAGUUUAUUGGCACCAUUAGCAGUGAAUGCAGUAUUAAAAGUUACAGAACCAGGAAACGAACAGGCUGUAGAUUUAAAUGAUAUCAAAGUUAUUAAAAAAUUAGGUGGUAUCGUUGAAGAUACAGAAUUAAUUGAAGGGUUGAUAUUUACACAAAAAUCGUGUAAUGUAAAUGGGCCGAAACGCAUCGAGAAGGCUAAAAUUGGUUUGAUUCAAUUUUGUAUUUCUCCACCUAAAACAGAUAUGGAUCACAAUGUUAUUGUGUCAGAUUAUUCUGCAAUGGACAGAGUUUUAAAGGAAGAACGUGCUUAUAUAUUAAAUAUCAUUAAACAAAUUAAAAAAUCUGGAUGCAACGUAUUAUUGGUUCAGAAAUCUAUUUUACGUGAUGCAAUUAGCGAUCUUGCUAUUCAUUUCUUAGAUAAACUCAAAGUUAUGGUAAUCAAAGAUAUCGAACGUGAGGAUAUUCCGUUUGUAUGUAAAACUUUGGGAUGCAGGCCAAUCGCAUCUUUGGAUCAUUUUGUUGCUGAAAAUCUUGUUAAUGCAGAAUUGUGCGAAGAAGUACAAACAGGAAAUUCUAAGUUUGUUAAGAUCACUGGUAUUCAAAAUUAUGGUCGUACUGUUACUGUACUGGUACGCGGAAGUAACAAGUUGGUUUUGGAAGAAGCUGAGCGCUCUUUACAUGAUGCGUUAUGUGUUAUUCGGUGUUUAGUCAAACAGAAAGCAAUGAUUGCUGGAGGUGGAGCACCUGAAAUUGAACUUGCGUUGAAAUUAGCAAAUUACGCUCAAACGUUAGGUGGAGUCGACGCAUAUUGCAUUCGAGCUUUUGCAAAUGCACUGGAAAUUAUUCCAUCUACGUUAGCAGAAAAUGCAGGCUUGAAUUCAAUCGCGACUGUUACUGAAUUACGAAAUAAACACGCUGAAGGUGAAAUAACAACUGGAAUUAAUGUUCGCAAAGGAGCUAUUACAAAUAUCUUGGAAGAAAAUGUACUUCAGCCACUUUUAGUUUCAACCAGCGCUAUUACUCUUGCUUCUGAAACUGUACGCAGUAUACUCAAGAUAGACGAUAUUGUUAAUACAAAUCAAUAAGAGCCACUUUAAAAAAAUAUCAACUAAUAAUACAUUUAAAUAAUAUGAUUUUUACGCUUUCAUUGCAAUUGUAUUAUUUAUACGAAGUUCCACUGGGCUAAUUAUCAUAAAACUUUAGUUGCAUUAAUGUUUGAAUAGCCUUUUGUACUAUUCAAUGAUUUUAUAACAGAAACUUAAAUUAAUAAAUGAAUUCUUGAUAACAUUUUUUUUUGAACAACUCAUUUUCUAGCUAUAGUUUCUGUAACAAUAGGACAUACAAAUAUAUUUGUAAUGACUAUAAUUGUCUUCUCGAUUUAGCUUAAGUCCUCCUAUUCCGUAUGAAUGACCGACCGAUCCAUAUAGAGAUCAUAUAUUAUUCAAUCAUAUCGUGUAUACGAGUAAAUUUAUAUGGAAGGGAUACUCGAGUACACGCGAACAAUUGCAGUUAUGAUAAAAAUGUGUUUUCUUUUUUUUUAUUAUUAUAUAUUUGUACAAUUUCUCAAAACAUAUAUAACAUAUUUCGUGUUACAUUUUUUUUUUUCAUUCAGCAUUAUCAAUACAUCUUCAUACCAAAUUCGGUGCAUUCAUAUAAAACGUGUAAAGUAAUAAACUUUUCGUAUUAUUUGAGACUUAUCCAUUUAACUAUUUUUUUCUUUUCUUUUUUAUUUAGACCAUAAUUGAAGGAUUUAUUCGUAAGAUUUGCCACAGCUAUAAAUAGUAAUUACUAUUUCAAUGUAAUAUACAGAAGUAUAUUCUGAAUAACAAUAUUUAAUGAUAGUAAUAAAAAUAGUAAUAAGUUAGCUGUGUACGUGUCUGUGUAUAUGUGUCUGUGCAUAUAUGAUCACAAUGAUUAAUUUAUCAAGUAUAAUUCAAGCUUGAUUUAUACAUAAUAUCUAAAGAUAAGCAUUAUAUUUAUUAAGUACAAAGGAAGAUUAGUUAAAUAGAAUAAAUUUGUUUGCUUGCACGAAAUUUCUUGUUUAUAUAACUUAUCUCCUGCUCUGAUUAAAAAUAUAAAUUAUAAUAAUUAAUGUAACUUUAUGCAAUUCACUGCAAUAUCAUCAAUGCUUAUCAAUUUUAUUGAGGAAUGUUGAAUUAAUUUUUUAAAUAUAUAAAUAGCAAAGUUCUGCGUGCUAUGUCUUCAUAGAAAUGUUAGUUGCAAUAUUAAAAUGCUAUAUUAUU